CGCGCCUGAGCUCCGUGACUGGCUCUAUCCAAGAUGGCGGCCUGCGGACGUGUCCGGGUCUUGUGCUGCUUACUGGCGGUCCUGACCGCUGUUCUGGGGGACACGGGGCCCCGAGUCGAUGAUCCCCCGGCCGUCGUCGCUGCUGUAGCUGCGGGCGCCCCCGCCUCUCCGGCCCGCAGACUGCCCGGCAUCCGCCUGAUCGAGGAGGAGGCCUGCCGGGAGGACAUCAGUCGCCUGUGUCCGAAGAGCGCCUGGACCAACAACCUGGCCGUGCUGGAGUGUCUGCAGGAUGUCCGUGAGGCGGACAAUGAAAUCUCAUCAGACUGUAACCAUUUGCUCUGGAACUUUAAACUAAACCUGACGAAGGACAUAAAGUUCGAGUCUGUGGCAAAGGAGAUCUGCAAGUCCACCCUGUCCGUGCUGAGAGAAUGUGCAGAAGAGACGCCUGGAAAGGGAUAUUUGGUUUCCUGUCUGGUGGAUCACCGCGCAAAUAUCACAGAGUAUCAGUGCCACCAAUAUAUAACCAAGAUGACCGCCAUUAUCUAUAGUGACUACCGGCUGAUCUGCGGCUUCAUGGAGGAUUGCAAGACAGAGAUCAAUAAUCUGAAAUGCGGCAGCAUUCGCCCCGGAGAGAAGGACCCUCAUUCUCAGGGUGAAGUGGUGGCCUGCCUGGAGAAGGCCAUGGUAAAUGAGGCAGAGAAGACCGAUGCUCAGUCACAAUCUUCUGAUAAGUGCAAACAGGCAAUCUUGCGUGUGGCUGAGCUGUCAUCCGAUGACUUCCACCUAGACCGACACCUCUACUUCGCCUGCCGUGAUGACCGCGAGCGAUUCUGUGAAACUGUCCAGGCAGGAGAAGGCAGAGUCUACAAGUGUCUCUUCAACCAUAAGUUUGAGGAAUCCAUGAGUGAGCGUUGCCGAGAUGCUCUCACCACACGUCAAAAGUUGAUUGCUCAGGACUACAAGGUGAGUUAUUCGCUGGCAAAGUCCUGCAAGGCCGAUCUGAAGAAAUAUCGCUGCAAUGUGGAGAAUCACCCUCGCUCCAGGGAAGCACGUCUUUCAUACCUCCUCCUGUGUCUGGAAUCUGCGGUGCACAGAGGCCGCCAGGUGAGCAGCGAGUGUCAGGGAGAGAUGCUGGACUACAGGCGCAUGCUGAUGGAAGACUUCUCUCUGAGCCCAGAAAUUAUCCUUGGCUGCCGAGGUGAAAUUGAACACCACUGCUCGGGGCUACAUCGGAAAGGGCGCACGCUGCACUGUCUGAUGAAGGUGGUACGCGGAGAGAAGGGAAACGUAGCGGAGAAGUGCCAGCAGGCGCUUCAAACGCUAGUACAGGAGACGGACCCUGCCGCAGAUUACCGUAUAGACCGCGCCCUUAAUGAAGCCUGUGAAUCUGUCAUCCAAACCGCCUGCAAACACAUCCGCUCGGGAGAUCCUAUGAUACUUUCAUGUCUCAUGGAACACCUGUACACGGAGAAGAUGGUGGAGGACUGUGAGCACCGGCUGCUGGAGCUGCAGUAUUUCAUUUCCCGGGACUGGAAAUUGGAUCCUAUCUUGUUCCGGAAAUGCCAGGGUGAUGCCUCUCGGCUCUGCUAUGCACAUGGAUGGAAUGAAACUAGUGAGAACAUGCCGGCAGGUGCCAUCUUUUCCUGUCUCUACCGCCAUGCUUACCGCACAGAGGAGCAAGGCAGGAGGUUAUCUCGUGAGUGUCGAGCUGAAGUUCUGCGAAUACUUCAUCAGAGGGCGCUGGAUGUGAAGCUGGAUCCUGCCUUGCAGGCCAAAUGUAUGACAGAGCUGGGGAAAUGGUGCAAUGAGAAAACUGACACUGGACAGGAGUUGGAGUGUUUGCAGGAUCACAUGGAAGAGCUGAUCCCAGACUGCCGGGAGAUUGUGGGAAAUCUGACAGAGCUUGAGUCUGAGGACAUUCAGAUUGAAGCUCUUCUCAUGAGAGCGUGUGAGCCCAUCAUCCAGGGAUUUUGCCAUGAGGUGGCCGACAAUCAGAUAGACUCUGGCGAUCUGAUGGAAUGCUUAAUCCAGAACAAACACCAGAAGGAGAUGAAUGAGAAGUGCAUGGUGGGGGUCACCCACUUCCAGCUGAUCCAGAUGAAAGACUUCCGCUUCUCUUACAAGUUUAAGAUGGCCUGUAAGGAGGACGUGCUGAAGCUGUGCCCCAACAUCAAACAGAAGGUGGACGUUGUCAUCUGCCUCAGCACCACAGUCCGAAAUGAUACUCUGCAGGAUCUGAAGGAGCAGAGAGUGUCCCUGAAGUGCCGAAAGCAACUGAGGGUGGAGGAGCUAGAGAUGUCAGAGGACAUCCGCCUAGAGCCCAAACUGUUUGACGCUUGUAAGAAUGACAUCUCCACCAUCUGCCCUAAUGUACCCUUCGGAAAUGCUCAGAUCAUUGAGUGUCUGAAGGAAAGUAAGAAGCAGCUGAGUUCGACCUGCCAUCAGAAGAUCUUCAAACUACAGGAGACUGAGAUGAUGGACCCUGAGUUGGAUUACACACUAAUGAGGGUCUGCAAACAGAUGAUCAAGAGGUUCUGCACUGACACCGACCCAAAGAACAUCCUGCUGUGUCUGAAACAGAACAAGAAUACAGAGACCAUGGACCCCAAAUGCAAACAGAUGAUUACAAAGCGACAGAUUACCCAGAACACAGAUUAUCGGCUAAACCCCAUACUCCGCAAAUCCUGCAAAGCUGACAUUCCCAAAUUCUGCCAGACCAUCAUCAACAAUGCCCGGGAUGACACAGAACUGGAAGGACUUGUCAUCUCCUGCCUCAAGCUUAAGUAUGCCGACCAGCGUCUGUCGCCAGACUGUGAGGACCAGAUCCGCGUCAUCAUUCAGGAGACUGCACUAGAUUAUCGGCUCGAUCCUCAGCUGCAGAUGCAGUGUUCUGAAGAGAUUAACAGCCUGUGCGGCGAGGAGGCGGCGGCCCAGGAACCCACCGGGCAGGUGGAGGAAUGUCUAAAGAUGAACCUACUGAAGAUAAAAUCCCCUGGCUGUAAGAAGGAGGUUCUGAACAUGCUGAAGGAAAGUAAGGCAGACAUAUUUGUGGAUCCUGUGUUGCACACGGCCUGUGCGUUAGACAUAAAACAUCACUGUGCAGCCAUCCCGCCAGGAAAAGGACGCCAGAUGUCCUGUUUGAUAGAAGCAUUGCAAGACAAGAUGGUACGACUGCAGCCCGAGUGCAAGAAGAGACUGCAGGACCGCCUAGACAUGUGGAGCUAUGCAGCCAAGGUGGCCCCGGCUGAUGGAUUUUCUGAUUUGGCAAUGCAAGUGAUAAAUUCCCCGUCCAAGAAUUACAUCAUGUCGGUCAUCAUGGUUGGCGUUUGCGUGCUUUUCUUUGGAGGUCUGCUGUGUGGUCGCAUCACCAAGAAGGUGACAAGAGAAUUGAAGGACAGCUACAGGAUAUUUUGCCGCUAACCAGAAUGCGGAGAACUACUAUAGAAAAUAAUCAACCACAUCACUCCUCCCCCCUCACCUGCACUCUACAGCCUGGACUGCAGCCACACUCCUCCUCCCUUUCCCCCUUCCUGUCCCUGACAUUGCAGGCCCAGUAUGGUUGUGCAUUAUACACUGGAGCAGAGCCCCGCCCACACACAAUGAAUAACGCUCAUAGACUUCCAUGUCCUCCCAAUUGUCACACUCGAGUACAUUUUUUCUUUUUUGUACAUUGUUUUUGCUCUGUGUAUAGAUCCGGUCAUCGUUUCAAUGCUGUGUCAGAAUGAAAUGUUACCCAAUGUUUCCAGCAUAAUGUGCAUUUUUUUUUUUUUUUUUUCUGUA